AUGGAAUCUGGGUGGAAGCCCAUAGCAAUAAUGGUACUGUAUCAUGUAAUAUAUGCGUGGAUGAACAUUUUGAUGAAAUUAGCAGCUCAUGAUGGCAUGCAUCUCAGAGUUGCUUCGUCAUAUCGUUUUCUUUUCGGAUCUGUUUCUAUGGUUCCCAUUGCUUUCUUCUUCGAAAGGAAAACAAGACCAAAAUUGACCUGGAAAGUUCUACUCUUUGCUAUUCUCUCUGGAUUAUUUGGAGGUGCAUUGGGACAAAAUUUAUUCUUAGAAAGCUUGGUAGUUACAUCCGCAACCUUUGUCUCUGCUAUGGUCAACUUAGUUCCCGCCAUGACUUUUCUAGUAGCCGUAUGCAUGAGGUUGGAAAGUGUACGCUGGAAUACAAAAGCAGGCAAAGCAAAAGUGUUGGGAACAAUCAUAGGGAUCGGGGGAGCAAUGUUGUUCACAUUUUACAAAGGUCCAAAUAUUACCAUUUGGAAAACAAAUGUAAACCUUCUCAACAUCUUGCCUAGCGAUCAUCAUCAUCGGACUUCACCUAAAACACAAGAGGGUAGUAAUCAAGUACUUGGUACAAUCCUAGCGUUAUUGUGUUGCAUUUCUUUUUCUUUCUGGCUUAUAUUUCAGGCGAAGGCUGCUCAAUAUUAUCCAUGUCCUCUAUCUUUCACGGCUCUCAUGAUUGUGAUGGGAAUGAUUUUGAAUUUCACUGCCACGAUCUUCUUACAGCGGGAUUGGAGUGAGUGGAGGUUAGGAUGGAAUAUAAGACUUGUUACCGUAUCUUUUUCGGGUAUUUUAGGGACAACGGUGACAUAUACCCUAAUAACCCUAGCUAUAGCAAUGAGAGGUCCUCUUUUUGUGUCAGCUUUCAGUCCUUUACUACUUGUAAUUGUGGCCUUUGUGGGAUCAUUGGUACUUGAAGAGGAUUUAAGCUUGGGAAGCAUGCUUGGAGGUUGUCUGGUAGUUUGUAGUUUAUACAUCGUAUGUUGGGGUAAAAGCGAAGAGAUUAAGGCGAAUGACAGUCGCACCGUUCCAAAUGACGAACAUUUUUUUGAUGGGGAUUCAAUAUCAAAGGAGAAAGAUAAAGGAGGUAGUAUAUGCUUGGAUGAAGCAGCUCAUGAUGGUAUGGAUCUUAUAGUUGCUUCCACUUAUCGUUUUUCUUUCGGAGCUGUUUCCAUGCUUCCCAUUGCUUACUUCUUUGAAAGGGAAAUGUAUGUGAAAUUAAUCGCGGUUUCAUUUGUAGGGUAUAUUAGGGACAACGGUAUUGUAUACCCUAAUAACUCUAGCAAUAGCUAUGAGAGGUCCGCUUUUUGCCUCAGCUGUCAGCCCUUUGCGACUUGUGAUUGUGGCCAUCGUUGGAUCAUUUGUAGUAGAAGAGGAUUUAUAGUUGGGAAGUCAAGCAAAGAAGAAAUUGCUGAUGAUGCAUGUGGUCCUGUUCCAGCUGGAGCUUCGCCUCCACAGGACGUCAUACAGCUUCAUGCAGAAGAUCGUCACUUAAAGGAAGAUUCCAUACACUUCUCGAGUCAUCCACUUGUGGUGAAGGUGAAGGAAUUACAGUCUGAUGAUCAGCUAGAGUCAAAGCAGGAUUAG